AUGGAAGUCUCGCUCAUUAUCCUUCGACUCCUCAUGCUGCAGUUUACCAUCCUUGGCUUUCUGCAGACUGGGCAGAAACUCCCAUCCCUCCCAGGGGCCAGCGCUGCGAUGGCUGGUCUGUACUGCAAGGUGGACAAACGAUUCGAUGUGUGGAAGACACCCACCUCUCCACUUGAAGGAGGUUUGCGUCCCCUCCGUUCGAUUACGAAUGAACUGCAGACGUCAUACCCGGGUAUCAACAUGAUCCGUAGUUUUCAAGGUCGAGGCUUGAUACCGUCGAGCGCACAGACUUUGGCUACAAACUUAGGAGACUUUCGCUCUAUCUCAGUUCGCCGCUUUGCUGAUCAAGUCGAGCGAGAAGUUGAAACAUUUCUCAUUACACUCAAAGAUGAACAGAAUGGCCCCGCUACCUGGGAGGCGGCUCGUGCUGCGAUCAAUGAGUAUCUCUAUCAUAUCUGGCAGAGAGGGGGUCUAUAUGGCGAGACGCCUCAGCAAGCCUAUUACGUUCGACUUGGGCCCGGUAGUACCAUGACCUCCGAAGACAUCGACCAGGGCUUGAUGCAGGUCACGAUCGGCCUUGCAAUCAUUCGUACGGUAGAAUUUUUACAUUUCGAUUUCUCUUCUCAGUUACAAGUAUGA